UUACGAACGAAGAAGGGAAAUAUUUUUUAUUCAAUACCAACAAGGUUAUUCCAAAACACAAGUUGGAGGCAAGUUAUAUCAGAGUAAAUCUGAGGAUUUGUAUCAGAGCAAGAAACCUAUUACACUACCCACUAUUGCACCUACAUUGGACGGAAAUGACUGGGAUGUAAAUUGA